GGGCGGGGCGGGCGCAGGGGUGGGAGCAGAGAGCGGCCUGACCGCCUCCUGCGCUCCGGGGCCCUGGGGUGGGGUGUGAAUAAAAGAACAAUUUUAAGUUGGCAGGAGCUGUUGACUUCCUCGAAGGAAGGGAGGCCCUGCAGAGAGACCUCGACAAAUCGGAGGGUUGGGCAGUCUGCAACCGUGUGAAGCUUAACAUGGGCAAGUGCCGGAUUCUGCACCUGGGAUGAGGAAACCCUGGUUCUGAGUAUAGACUGGGGAACGAGAGGCUGGAGACCUGGGGAUCCUGGUCGAUGGCAAGUUGAACGUGAGUCAGCAGUGCCCUGGCAGCCAGGAGGGUCACCCGUGUCCUGAGGGCAUCAGCAGCAGCUUUUAGAUGUUAGCAAUGACAUUCACCUUUUUGGAAUAUAAUCUGCUAAAAAUGUAGCCAUGAGUUAUAUGUUGCUGGGAAAAAUAUGACCAGUGGAGAAAAAAAGAUCUAUAUGUGCUCAAAAUGCGUCUCAUUAAAUCACUAUUGGUGAAUUGCAACUCCCCAAGCAAUGUUUCUGUUCUUAAACAAGAAUUACCUUGUCCAAAAGAGACUGAAAAUUGCCAUAAAACAGCAGCUAAGAAAGCUUUAAAUGAGGAACUUCUGAGGAGCAUUCAAGAGUCUGAGAGGGAGAUUAAUCAGUGGAGCCAUAGUCUGCCAUCUGUGACACAUGGAAGCCAACUCGGCAUGGCCACUACGGAGUUUUUAGGAAUGGAGAAGCUGAUUGUUUGUGUGCACAAAAGGCAAAAUGCUCUCUGUAGGCUGAUUUGCUUUCCGUGGGCUGGAGGUGGAACUUCUCUACUUGCUCAGUGGGGCAAACGGUUAAGCAACUCAAUUGAAGUGUUCUGUGUAAGGUAUCCUGGAAGAGAAACUCGUCUUAAUGAACCUUUUGCAAAAGACAUGACAAGCAUGGUUAAUGAAGUUACAAGUGUUUUGUUAAAAGAACUUCAAGAAAAACCAUUUGCAUUUUUUGGUCACAGUUUUGGAGCUUACCUGAGUUUUGCAGUGGCACUACAUUUGAAAGAAAAGUAUGGACUAGAGCCGGUCCAUCUUUUUGUGUCAGGGGCACAUGCCCCAAAUUCUGAAGCAAUUCUUCCAAUCAAAAGCAUUUCUGUAUCUGAUGCAAAAGAUGAAGAAGUUUUUGAAUAUCUACAAACUGUAGGAGGAACUCCUUCUGUGCUUCUGCAUAACGAAGACGUUAGGAAAAAUCUGCUGCUUACUUUUAAAGAAGACUUUAGAGUGUUUCAGACAUUUUCUUUUGAGAAGGCAGAAAUGGAUAUCCCCUUCUCUUGUGAUAUUACCUGCUUUAAUGGGGGUGAUGAUAAACCAUAUGAUUUACAAGGUUGGCAAGAACUAACAAGCGGAGAUACAUCCUUUUAUGAGCUUCCUGGAGGUCACUUUUAUCUGCUAGAACCCUCUAAUGAAAUUUUCUUGACAAAACACAUAACAAGAUGCAUAGAAAAUGCCGGUCUGUGACUAUUUCCCUCAAUUUUAAUAGCAGAAGAUGUAAUAUUAGUCCACAGCACUUCAUAAGUCAUUAUUUCUGCAUGCAGUUAUGCCUGAGUUGUUCUGUUUGUCCUCUGUAAUCCUUUAAAAGGGGAGUUUCAUGGGUUUUUCUGAAAAUAAACAUUGGCUUUGUCUUAAAAAAACAGGUUUCAUCUUUUCCCUCUUCUCAUCUUGCAUGUGCACAAACUCUUCACUUCAUU